AUGACAGACCAUGCAGAUGGCGUACUUGAUGGAUGCGCUAAAGUCGCUGUUGGUGCCAUACUACCAAACCUCGAGGCCUGGUUGUCAAGGAAAAGUGGAAGUGUAACCUUUAGACUGACUCAGGUACUCACCGGGCAUGGUUGUUUCGGGGAGUACUUGUGUCGGAUUGGUCGUGAGGCGACACCAAAAUGCCACCAUUGCGGAGGAGACCGGGACACCGCGCAGCAUACACUCGAAGAGUGCCCGGCCUGGGACCAGGAGCGCCAUCUACUGAUCAGCCACGUUGGAAGAGAUCUUUCUCCUGCAGCAGUGAUAGCAGCAAUGCUCGCGGAGGAUAGAGCGUGGAAGGCGGUGGCCUUCUGCGAAACUGUACUAGUCAAGAAGGAGGCUGCUGAGCGAGAUCGAGAGCGAGCCAAUCCUGCUCGUAGAAGACAGCGCCCUACAGGUAAUCGGGAAUCAUAA